CCGGGCUGGGUUCAGGGCAGCGCUCCGCGCCAUGGGGUCUUGGCAGCGUUUGCUUCUUUUUCAUGGGGUGUCGCUUUGGGGUGGUGCCAGGGCCUGUGCCCCGCUUUGCGGACGCCAGAUGUUGGUUUGUUGGCGCCAGUUAUCUGGCGCUGAGAGUGAGACCCUAAAACAAAGAAGAACACAAAUCAUGUCCCGAGGACUUCCAAAGCAGAAACCAAUAGAAGGUGUCAAACAAGUUAUAGUUGUGGCUUCUGGAAAGGGUGGAGUUGGAAAGUCUACCACAGCAGUGAACCUUGCACUUGCACUAGGAGCAAAUGAUUCGUCAAAGGCCGUUGGUUUGUUAGAUGUGGAUGUGUAUGGCCCUUCAGUUCCAAAGAUGAUGAAUCUGAAAGGAAAUCCAGAAUUAUCAGAGAGCAACCUAAUGAGGCCCCUUUUGAAUUAUGGUGUUGCUUGUAUGUCUAUGGGCUUCCUGGUUGAAGAGACUGCACCAGUUGUUUGGAGAGGCCUUAUGGUAAUGUCAGCCAUUGAGAAACUAUUGAGGCAGACCGGCCCCCACCUCUUCUAUUCACUAGCCCAGUUCUACCUGAUGGACCCUAAGGCUCAAAAGCAGGACCCCAGAUGGCAGGUAGAUUGGGGUCAACUGGACUAUUUAGUUGUUGACAUGCCACCAGGAACUGGAGAUGUGCAGUUAUCAGUCUCACAGAAUAUUCCCAUUUCAGGUGCUGUGAUUGUCUCCACGCCCCAGGACAUUGCACUGAUGGAUGCACACAAGGGUGCUGAGAUGUUUCGAAAAGUCCACGUGCCUGUUCUGGGCCUUGUCCAAAAUAUGAGUGUUUUCCAGUGUCCAAAAUGUAGACACAAAACUCAUAUUUUUGGUGCUGAUGGUGCAAGGAGACUGGCACGGACCCUUGAUCUUGAUGUUCUCGGAGAUGUUCCUUUGCAUCUGAAUAUAAGGGAAGCUUCAGAUACAGGCCAGCCGAUUGUGUUUUCACAGCCUGAAAGUGAUGAGGCCAAAGCUUAUCUGAGGAUUGCUGCAGAAGUGGUGAAAAGAUUGCCCUCACCUCCAGACCAUCCCCCAGCGUCCUGCAGUCUGCCUGAGGCUUGACAGGAGGAGACCUUUGGAGACAGCGGUGUGGUGUGAAGCCUACAGAGCAGAGAGCAAUCAUGGUUGUCUUCUUGUGUUUCUGAGGAAAUAAUGUCCUUUUCACAUUUGAUUUGCUGAGCAACAGCUCACAAAUAAAAUUUUUAUAUAUCAAUGCUAA